AUGGCGAACUACAAGAUCUCAAAUUGUUUUAAUAUCUUUAUCAUCAUAGCUACCAUUGCUGCAGUGCAAUAUUCAAGAGUGGAAGCAGGCAAAUGCUCAGAAGUUUUCAAGAGAUGUGAUGACAUGGAUUGUCCUUCACAUUGUAAAUCAACUUAUGGCAAUCGUAGUUUAGGGCAUAUAUGUGAUCUCUUCUACAUCUGCACUUGUUUCUUCGAGCAAGAUUCUUCCUCAUCCAGUAUGUGUGUCAUUGGGAAUGGAACAUGCUAUGCUGGUGAAUGUGAUGCAGCUUGUUGUGAUGCAAAGUGUGCUAAAAGUUAUAAUCGAGGUUUUGGAACAUGCCUUCCUAAUUAUUUUACUAAGGAUAGAUGUGUUUGUUCCUAUAGAAGCUAGAUUACUCAGAUUGUAAUGAAAUAAUACUAUGAAUCAAAAGACUUUCUUUUGGAAAAUUUUCAUUUCAAUUGUAUUUGUAUCAUGGCC